AUGAAGAAGGCGUUUGAUCAAACGUUUCGAGACAUCAAAAGAGAGGUUAACAAGAAGGUCCUUAAAGUUCCUGGUAUAGAACAGAAGGUUCUUGAUGCUACUAGCAAUGAACCUUGGGGUCCUCAUGGGUUACUUCUAGCUGAUAUUGCACAGGCUAGCAGAAACUAUCACGAGUACAACAUUAUCAUGUCAGUAAUCUGGAAACGAGUCAAUGACACCGGCAAGAACUGGCGUCAUGUUUACAAGGCGUUGACUGUUCUGGAAUAUUUAAUAGCCCAUGGCAUAGACCGGGUUGUUGAUGAGAUCAAAGAACAUGUUCAUCAGCUAUCUACAUUGUCAGACUUUCAAUACGUCGAUUCAAGCGGAAGGGACCAGGGAAACAACGUAAGGAAGAAAUCUCAGUCCCUCGUCGUAUUGGUCAAUGAUAAAGAGAGAAUACAAGAAGCACGGCAAAAAGCAGCUUCUAACAGAGACAAGUUGCGGAGCUCGUCAUUGGGAAAUGUAUAUAGGUCAGGAAACGGAGGAUAUGGCGAUGAUGGUGAUCGAUAUGGACGUUAUGCAGAUUCUGAUGAUUAUCGUGGGAGAAGAAGCUAUGAAGAUGAUGGUCAGUAUUCAGCAAGAGGAAGUGGUGCCAAAGCUGAUGAUCAUUCUCAUGAAGGAAGCUUUGUUCUUUCCUUUUCUGAUAGGAGACUUGAUCGAAUGUAUUCUGAGCAAAACCUUAGUGCUCCACCAAGUUAUGAGGAAGCUAUGGGUGAAGUACAAAGCCCUGUUCACAGUGAAAGGGGUGAAGAACGAGUGUCUAUUUCUAAUAGAACAGCUAGUCCUAGAGUAAGUGAACAUGUGCCUGUGACGCGAUCAUCGUCUGUCCCUGCCCCUAUUUCUGCUUCUCUAGCUUUUUCAGAUCCAGAUGGAGAUAGAAAUGGUGAUGAUCGUCAUGGUUCAGUAGAUCCUGGUACCCCUGCCGCAUCCUCAAAUGGGGCUGAAAUGGAUUUUCUGGGCUCCUUGUCGGAUGUGUUUUCAUCUAAUGCAUUAGCAGUGGUCCCAUCUACAGCCUAUGAAGUUGAUUCAUCGUCAAAUUCUGCAUUUCUAGACUCAUCAAAGUCACCAUCUACUCACACUAAUCAGGUUUACAUUUUUAUUCUAAAUUAUGAUCAUAUCUAUGGCAGUUUUCAUCUGAAUCUGGAUUCAGAUCUAAAAAUAGAAAGGCUUUCCAAAAAGAAGCUAUAUCAAGGACUAAACUGGUUUAGUCCAUUUGUGCUGCAGCAGCCUUAUGAUGAUCCAUUUGGUGAUGGUCCUUUCAAAGCUCUUCCUCCUCCAUCUACAGAAAUAAACUCCCCUUCCAGUACUAACCAGAAUUCUGAAACACCCAAGAAGAACUCUUUUUCCAACUUAUCUUAUGCAUCAGCAGCAUCUAAUGUUCACAAUGACUCACAGUUCUUACAUCAAGAUAUUUCUAGUUCUAACCAGGAUACAGAUAUUUUAGCAGAUAUUCUCCCAUUAUCUGGAGCAGGGUUCCCCCAGUCCAAUUCUAUUCCCGGUUUUCAUUCACAGGAUUGUCAACCCGCAUCAAUGGCAGGUUACCCUGCCGAAGGCGGACAAGUUACAGAAAGUCAAGGUUUUAGUCAGCCUAUGUUUAUGUCAGGAUUUAAUGAUCGUAAUCAAUCUAGUCAUCCUGGUUUCCCAGCUCAGAAUGUUCAACAUGGUUUAUACACUGGUUUUGCCCCUCCAGGUGGGCAGCAGCAGCCGCCUGUUCAAUUACAUAAUAAUUAUUAUGGUAAUACUCAACAGUCGGGAAGUUUACAAGCUCCGAAUGCUGGUUUUCAACAAUCACCAACUAGCCAAUCAUCAUCAAUGCAGUUUGGGAAUCUUACACAAAUAGUAGCUCCUCCAACACAACAACCUGUGAAGGACUUUGAAACAAAGUCUACAGUUUGGGCUGAUACACUUAGCCGGGGUUUGGUCAACUUGAACAUAUCCGGACCUAAAACAAAUCCACUAUCUGAUAUUGGAAUUGAUUUUGCGGCUAUGAAUCGGAAGGAGAAAAGGAUGGAGAAGCCCACGACAACAAAUGUGACGACAACCGUAACCAUGGGGAAAGCCAUGGGAACUGGUUCUGGAAUGGGACGAGCUGGUGCGAAUGGUCUUAUGCCUCAAUCAAGCCCCAUGAUGGGUUCGGGUUCGGGUUCAGGCAUGGGUAUGGGGAUGGUGGCCAGACCGGGAAUGGGGGUCAGACCAGGUAUGGGUAUGGAUGGUUAUGGAGGAAUGAAUCAACCUAUGUCUCAUAUGGGGGGCAUGGGGAUGGGGAUGAAUGCACCUAUGAAUAUGGGGAUGGGGAUGAAUGCACCUAUGAAUAUGGGGAUGGGGAUGAAUGCACCUAUGAAUAUGGGUAUGGGAAUGAAUAUGGGUAUGGGGCAAGGACCUCAUAUGCAACCAACUGGGUUCCUUCCUAGAACUACAAUGCCUGGUGGAUAUAAUAAUAAUAAUAAUAACAAUAAUAAUAAUAAUCCCACUAUGGGUUCUGGUGGCUACAUGCCUCAACAACCUUACGGUGGUGGUGGUUACCAAUGAAAUCCGUGUUUUUGUUAAUAUUUACUGGAAAAUGGAUUUAACUAUGAUGAUGAACAUGUAAUAUCAGUUGCUGCUCGUUUUUUAGCGAGCUUCAGCUAUUCCUAGCCAUGCCCAU